AUGACUGACGCCAAAAGCGUAUCAACCAUGGAGGUGCCGGAGGGGAAAUUAAUGAAAAAGGGUUCCAUCAAGAAGAAGAUAGAGUCCCUCCGGCGAUGGAGCUCAGCGAGCUUGAAGAGGCCUCCAAAGCCGAAGACCAAGUCCUUGAGUCUUUCUUCUCCUGUGGGCGACCGCGAGGACCUCUGGCUGCAGGAGGGAGACAGGAGAAAGCUGCGACCUAUUGUAGACUCUGUCUUUGGACAGGGGGAGUCGCCUGUAGAACGAAGUGGUACCCCAAUGACUGCAACCACCCUGGGGGGCCUGGGCGGUGCAGGUGAGGCAGACACGGAUGAAGAAGAGGAAGGGGGGAGCGAGAAGGAGUUCGAAGAGCCCCUGUGUGCUCUGGUUAAGAACUGCAACAUGCUCCACAACUUAGUGGGGCCUGCAUGUAUCUUCCUCAGACAGAGCUUCGCUCAAAGCCAGCUUGACAGGGAUCUACGACCAGAAGAGAUGGAAGAGCUGCGUGAAGCAUUCAGAGAGUUUGACAAAGACAAAGAUGGCUUCAUCAGCUGUAAGGACCUGGGCGAGUGCAUGAGGACUAUGGGAUACAUGCCCACAGAGAUGGAACUGAUUGAACUCAGCCAGCAGAUCUGUGGUGGCAGAGUGGACUUUGAAGACUUUGUGGAACUAAUGGGUCCUAAGAUGCUUGCUGAAACUGCAGAUAUGAUUGGAGUCAAAGAGCUGAGGGAUGCAUUCAAAGAGUUUGACUCUGAUGGAGAUGGUCAGAUCAGCCUUGGGGAACUGAGGGAAGCUAUGAAGAAGCUCAUGGGAGAGCAGCUCAACCACCGUGAAAUUGACGAGAUCCUGCGAGAUGUGGAUCUCAACGGAGAUGGACAGGUGGACUUUGAAGAGUUUGUGCGAAUGAUGUCACGCUGACUCCUCACCCACAAACCUCACUAUACUGCACUAAAGACAACAGGGACCUGACUGCUCACUGUUAAUGUAUUUGUCUUUCUUUGUGAUGUACAAAUUCUUGGUGUGUGUAUUUUUUGUCAGUAAUUCCUGCUAUCUAUCAAAUAUAAAAGAACCCCUUGACUGUGUUACUGUUGUAUGAAUGUUAUAUGUAUUUAACAUGAAAUAAACAAUGGUAGAUAGAUGGAGGAGAAGGUUUAACCAAAGCUGCGGUCCCAAUUUAAGAACAUUUACAUAUCUGUGACCUGAGAAUCACAUACCAGCAAUACAUCAUAUGUAGCACACAUAUAUAUAUUUAUAUAACUAAAUGAUGCAUUAUCUAAAAUCUCCAUAACAAACUGUUAUGACUGUGAUUUUGUAAUAUUAUUGUAGCACUGUUAGGAAAAGUGAAUGGUUUGUUGAUAAUAGAGUAAAUCAUGAAUUGCAUUAUGUUUACACUUCUUUAUGUAAAAAUGAUCAUGCAAACACUUA